AAAAAAUACUUUAUUCCCCAAUGCUUUGGUCCAAUAAUAAAACAGAUUUCUUUCUUAUUGAUUGCACGAACAGUCGGUAAGGAAUUACCGAAAUAGAGAUACAAGGAAAAGUAGGUCAAAUCCUUUCACUCGGAAUUAAUUCUUCAAAGUGUUUACGAUGGCACAAAUAGAAAGUAUCACAGCUAAGCAAAACUUCACAUUUUCAGAAGAAUUAAUUCCUGCUACAAAGAUUGUUGUGUAAAAUGUCAAAGUGAAAUUGUUCAACUAUCAACUAUGCAGCUAAUUAAUAAGAGGAAGCUAUGAAAUAUUGAAAAUAUUAAUGGUCCAUUUGAUACAAGUGGACCAUAGUUUAUGUUUUGAAUUAUAGUAUUAUUUAAAAGUUUUUAUAUUAAAUACUUUUGCUGUUAUAAUAUAUUAUAUUCAAUAAUGGCUAAAAUAAAAGAUAAUACUGUCCAGAUAGUAUUUAUUUCUUUACUGCUGGACCUUUUGGCAUUUACUAUGAUAUUACCAUUGUUACCAGCUUUAUUAGACUAUUAUAAAGAAAUAGAAGAUAAUCAAGGCAUAUAUUUUAAAAUUUUGUAUUACAUACAAAAUGCAAGAAAAUUUUUUGAUGCUCCUGAUAAAGUCAAUACAGUACUUUACGGUGGUUUUCUUGGUUCUAUGUAUUCUUUCCUACAAUUUUUGAGUGCUCCAAUAGUAGGAGCGUUAUCAGAUAUAUAUGGAAGGAAACCAUUGAUGAUAUUUUGUUUAACAGGUAUUGCAUUGUCUUACCUGUUAUGGGCACUUUCUUGUAAUUUUGCUAUAUUUGUAUUAGCAAGAUUUGUUGGAGGUAUUAGUAAAGGAAAUAUUAAUUUAUCAAUGGCUAUCAUUAGUGAUGUUACAUCUCCAAAAACAAGGGGAAAAGCAAUGGCACUUGUUGGCAUAGCUUUUUCUAUAGGCUUUGUAGCAGGUCCAAUGAUAGGAGCAUUUUUUUCAUGGAUUUCUAGUGAUAAUAGAAAAGGGACAUGGUACAUAAUACCUGCAGUAUUCGCUCUUUUGUUGGCAGCGAGUGACUUGUUUUUUACUGUUUGCUACUUAAAAGAAUCGUUACCAUUGAAUUGUAGAACCAGUAAUUUUGUAACUGGUGUCUCUGGAAUUCUUACUUACAUUAAUCCUAUAGAUCUAUUCCAAUUUAAUGGAGUAUCUGGGCUAACUUUGCAAGACAAAAAGGAUUUAAAAACACUGGGUUGUGCAUAUUUCAUAUAUUUGUUCGUGUAUAGUGGCUUGGAAUUUACCUUAACUUUCUUAACUCAUUAUUUGUUUAAAUUUACAAGCAUGCAACAAGGAUGGAUGUUUUUGGGAAUUGGAUUAGUUAUGGCAAUUUUGCAGGGAAGUUGGGUACGAACAAUUCCACCUAAUAAAACAAAGUCUGUUGCAGGAUUGGGUUUAUGGCUGAUUAUUCCAGCAUUUAUCUGUGUAGGUUUAGCAAAUGAUAUACUGACAUUGUCAGUUGGAGUAUUUCUGUUUGCAAUUUCAACUGCCAUGGUUGUUACAUGUAUGAUGACGCUUGUAACACGUAUUGGUCCUGAUCAUCAAAAAGGUGCAAUAACAGGUGUUUUUCGUUCUCUUGGAGCAUUAGCACGAGCUUGUGGACCUAUUGUAGCUUCUUCAGCUUUCUGGUGUAUUGGUAGUAAGGCAACAUAUCUUACUGGUGCUGUAUUCCUUGUACUUCCACCUUUAAUUCUUCAAACUGUAAAGUCAUUUUGAAACAAAAGAAACAAAGGUAUUUAUAUAAAUAUUGUAUAUUUAUAUUUGUACAGUAUUUUUACACAUUUUAUAACGUUUGUUGUUAUAACGUUUUAUAACGUUAUGUAAACAUUUAAGAAAGUAUUCUUUAUACACUUUUUGUAUCAUGUAUGGAGAGUGAAUAAUUGUACAUUUUAAUAUGCAAA